AUGCCGGGAUACACGACUCUCUACUCCAGAACCCCUCGCUCUUUCCUUUUCGCCGUGGUGGCCAAUGUCGGUCCCGGCGGCACCAGCCGCUGCCUGGCCGUGGCCUACCGCCAACACCACGACGAAUAUAACUCACAGAUAUCCUGGGAUCGAGUGCAAUGUAUGGUGACCGACACUCUUGCGCUGACCGAAGUCCUCUCGGAUCCCACGAACCGUGCGCCGCUGGAGGCUGAGAGGGCGCUCGCGGAGGACUGGUAUCGUCGGUCUCAGGGCCGGGAGCCUCCGAUUCAUGAGCGGCCCAGCGUACCCGACACCGCGCAACCCCCGUUCGUGCCCUGGUACAAGCGGCGUGAGCCAGGGCAACAACAGCCCCCGCUGCCGUGGCGGGAUGAUGCGCCUAGUAAGUUUCCCUUCACUGCGACGUGUGUUUUGCUGGCGUUGUUGCGCGAUACUCGCGACAACCGCACCCGCCCCAGCGACGUUCAGUUUCAGCCACUAUCGACGCUGUUCCGGGCCGACUGCACUGAGUAUGGCCUGGUUAUUCUCGACAUCUCUGACCUCGACAGCGGCGUCAAGUACGGCAUCGUUGCGUUCCCCAUGAACUACAUGGCUGAGGUUGAAUACGGCGGCGAGAUGAUCGGCUGGGAUCCCGUCGAAGACCCCCAACCGGAAAAGGAGCCCGAUGUUGUACUCGCAGACCCGCGGCCUCGAGAGCUGUUAUCAAUCUCGCAGUGGGUAUCGAAGCAUUACUACUGGUCGGGCCUGGAGAAGGCGUCUUGCAUCCUCAAACUAGAGGAGAGGCCGCUGGCUGAUGCGGUAGCCUUGGAUUACUUCAGACAUUCAAUGAUCGCCACCCAAUCCCCGCCUGAUAUGGAAGGUUACACCAUAGUACACCAACCGCCGCAAAAUGACCCCGUAGGCAUAGUCCGCACCAUUGAUGAUCUGCUUGUUCUCACCCAGGAGCCCGCCUCCGGUCCCCUCGAGAAGGAAGCGCUCGCCAACCUUCAAGUACUUGCUCAGUUCCGCGAGCAGCUGCGGCAGCGGCUCGAAGAGGCGCCAGAGAGGCUCGGCUCCUCCCAGAUCUCCAGUCAUGUACUGCGCGUGGCAUACGCUGGAUGCCGUCACCUCAACUGGGUGGUGUUUGGAAACCUGCCGCCUCGCGUGAUCGCGGCCGCCAUUGCAUCGGAUGAACUUCAAGGUGCGUCUGCGCUCAGCCUCUGCCUCAAUCCGUUCCAGCUGGUGGGAGAUGAGGAAGAUGGAGAAUCAGACCUUGGUGACCUCGCCGCGGCCCUGGCACAGUCCACGGCCCUUCAACAGCUCUGCUUCUUGCAGCAGCCGGACCGGAACAGCGACGAUGGCUCCGCUCAUCCCUUUUCGGAGCUGUCUUGGCUGUGGUCGAGGGCAUCAAGUGAAGACUCGGAGUCGCUCCGGCUGAGAACCAUCCAUUCGACCUCCGCUUUGUUAAACGGUUUACGCGGCCGCGAAGUUCGAGCAAUAUCCUCGCCGAGGAAUUUGGGUUCUAGCUUCACCUCGGGCGCUCAAGUCGUUCCCAUGAUCCAUCUGUUCACAUUUUUCAGCCCCCAGCGCGAAGAUGUCCGGGACGCAGCUACAGACCACCACGUCGUCCACCCUACUCGUCCCGGGUAUAGUGGCCACUACUCCAUGGAUAAUACUAGGUUAAACGCCGAGGGCUUCGCUGUCCGAUUCUUGGUAUACCUCCGAUCCUUAGGUCCGGAUUCGGAUCCCGACCAGGCCAUCUUGCGAUUUGCAUAUCAUAGGGCGUUCUUAUCACUCGCUUCCAUCGACGAGGAUAAUAAGAACAACGACGACGACGAGCCCGCGUCGCCGCCCCGGGGGCCACCGCCGCGCCUACCGCCGCUCCAGUCAUAG